GCUUUUGAUUCGUCUUCGUCCGACCAUAUACUCUGUCUCCUCUCUCUCUUUCUUCACCUCCACCCCUGGCUAUAAAUUCAUCGGCAACGAUCACCGCCAACGACAGUUCCCUAGCCCCUAAUUCUGUUCCCUCUCGUGUUUCUUUGGAUCUCGCCUUUAGCUCACCCUCGAUCUCCCUGCCAGCCCCGGAGUCGGGUUGUCUCUACCUGUUUCGUUCCCUAUCAGAUAACUGAGAUUGUAUAAUUUGGUGAUCGUUUCUACUUAUAUGAUAAAAGUCUCUUUUUCCCUUGGCUGUCUGAUAGAAGGGUGAAGAUGGAACCCGUGGAUAUUGUUGGCAAGUCAAAAGAGGACGCUUCACUUCCUAAAGCAACUAUGACCAAAAUUAUUAAAGAGAUGUUACCCCCAGACGUUCGUGUUGCAAGAGAUGCUCAAGACCUUUUGAUUGAGUGUUGUGUAGAGUUCAUAAAUCUUGUAUCGUCGGAGUCCAACGAAGUUUGUAGCAGAGAGGACAAAAGGACAAUCGCACCUGAGCAUGUGCUUAAGGCCUUAGAGGUUCUCGGGUUUGGCGAGUACAUUGAGGAAGUUUAUGCUGCUUACGAGCAACACAAGCUUGAGAUAAUGCAGGAUUCAUUAAGGGGUGGCGGCAAGUGGAGCAAUGGAAACGAAAUGACGGAGGAAGAAGCCGCGGCUGAGCAGCAAAGGAUGUUUGCUGAGGCACGUGCCCGAAUGAAUGGUGGAGCCACCACUCCCAAGCAACCGGAAACUGACCCAAGUUUAGAGAGCUAAGUUUAGGACCUUUAAGUUCCUUGAACUUUGUGGUCCAGUUGUAGAGGUAUAUAUAACCUAAAGGCCACAUGUUCAAUUCUUGUAAAAAACAUCUCCACAUAUUAUGUGGAAUAAGGUCUGCGUACAUUUUA